GGGCCGCAUAAUCCUUACCGUUACAUUUUUUUUCAUUUCGUCUUAUAAAUUCUAAACGAACCUUACAGUUGUUUCAUCGUCAAACCACUCAAACAGUUUUCUCGGCACUAGCCCCCCUCGCAUGUUUCUAGAUCAUGGCCCGAAAGCGACCUUCUCGUCCUAUCGACAUUCUCGCUGCUGCUGCCGCUAACGAUCAAAGCCGACACCCCGACAAUCACGCCGACCGUUCCGGAUCUGGAUCCGAAUCAAACAAGCUUUCCGGGUCGGAUCCCGAUUCUGUUGUGAUUCCCAAACCAAUUGAACAGAAUUCCCCUAAUCGCAAGUCAUCCCGUAAGCGAUCCUUACCCAAACACCGUCUACUUGACGAGUCCGAGGGUUCGAGUAAGAAGGCUAGGGUUGGUUCAAUUGGUUCUGUCAAUCGGGUUUGGAGCGAACAGGAUGAGAUUGGUUUGUUGCAGGGGAUGAUUGAGUUUAAGUCUCGAAAAGGCGAGGACCCGUAUUCGGAUAUGAACGCGUUUCAUAGUUUUGUUCAGGACUCGAUUAGUGUUCACGUGUCGAAGAAGCAGGUGGUUGAUAAGAUUAGGAAGUUGAAGUAUAAGUAUUUGGCCAAUGCUGAGAGAGGUGAUGUUGUGUUUGUGAAGCCUCAUGAUGAGACGGUUUUUGAGCUUUCUAAGGUGAUUUGGGGUGGUGAUGGUUCGGUUAGGGUUACGAAAGAUAAGGAAGAUGGGAAUGUGGUGGAGAAUGGAAUGAAUGAGAAUGGAGUUGAGGUUGAUGAUGAGGAAGGUGGGAAUGUGGUGGAGAAUGGAGUGAAUGAGAAGUUUGUUGUUGUGGAGAAUGGAAUUGAGGUUGAUGGCGAGGAAGGCGGGAAUGUGGUGGAGAAUGUAGUGAAUGGGAAGGUUGAUGUUGUGGAGAAUGGAGUUGAGGUUAGUGAUGAAAGGGAGGAUGGAGGAAGGGAUUUUAAGGAGGUUUAUCCGUAUUUGAGUAUAGGUUGGGAGUCAGAUUUUACUUGUUCAUCGUUAUUCAAAAAUUACUUGACCGGUAAUAUGCAUUCCGUCGGAAGUGGUAAGUUGCGUGAAAUGGACAAGAAAUGGAAGAAUUUGUACAUGGAGGAGUUGAAGCUGUAUGUUAAGAAGCUAGAUUUGGUGAAGGAGCAUGCUCAAGCGGUGCUGGACCGGUUGUCAACUUCAGAUUCUUAAAUGUCUGUGCUUGUGCAAGUGCAUUAGAAGCUCCCAAUGUAUAUUACAUCUUAUAAGAAACUAAGUUUCAGGUGUUAGGGUAAUGUCGACGGCAAAUGUCUGAUGUGGUUAAGUCUUGGUGGAUUUGAACCAAAUUGGCGAAUUCAAUCCCGGUCAGAACAUCUAUGUUUUUGGUUAUUAUUAUCAUGUAGUAGAACUUGUUUAUCUUUUUACCUGUCUCAUGUAAUUUGAAGUGACUAGAACCAUGUUGUCUUAUUUGAAUUUUGUAUGUUUAGAUUUUAGCUAUUAUGUGUUGUUUAGUAAUUGUGGUGAUCGUGCAUUCGUGCUGAAACUCCAAACAGCUCCCCGGUCCCACCUGAAACCAUUGUUUGUCAAUGUUGAUUGUUGAAUAAUAUCUGUACACUUUAGCCUCA